UGGUCACUCUGGAACACUACAAACAUCUGUUGUCUGGGAAGCAUUUGCCGUGAAAAUUGAAUAAUUGAUUUUAAUUUUUUGAAUUUUGACUUAUUUAUAACGAAACGGCCUUCACAAUGGGCACCAAGCGUCGUAACAUCGAGGACGAACUGUCGCGCUUCGAAGCCGAGAUCUCCAAACCGCCCGCUCGCAAUCUUUUCGUUCCCAAUCAAGUGCGUCCAAUAAUCGCGGCAAAUACGUAUACAAACGUACAGCAGAGGCUGCAACAGCAUCAGCCGCGUUUAACGGUGCCCCCUCCACCGAUACCGCCGCCACCCACGUUCAUGUCCACCUUCGUACCCACGGGCAGCAACACAACAUCCACAUCGCCAGCCAAGACCAUGGCCCCCACUCCCGUUGUUCUGAGCAGCGCGCCCAAGUUGUAUCAGUGUCGUCAGUCGGUGCAUGUGCCCACAGUAGCUACGGCGCCAGCUAUUGAUAUCAACAUCAAUUCGAUUCAGUUUGAUGUUACACAGAAGCUCAAGAAGCUCAAGGCGGAAAAAUCAGGACCCAAUCCCAUUGCCGAGGAGGCAAUCAAGGCAGCGCGUGCCUCAUCCGCAUUGCAAUCAUUUCAAACCACAGAGCGAAAGAAGAAGGAUCGCAAAACGGUCCGAAUUGCAGGCGGCACUGUGUGGGAGGAUUCAUCAUUGGCCGACUGGCCGGAUGAUGAUUUUCGCAUUUUCUGCGGUGAUCUCGGCAAUGACGUCAACGACGAAGUCCUUACGCGUACAUUCAACAAGUUCCCAUCGUUCCAGCGUGCGCGUGUUGUGCGCGAUAAACGAACUGGGAAGAGCAAGGGAUUCGGAUUCGUCAGCUUUCGUGAACCAGCCGAUUUUAUACGCGCCAUGAAAGAAAUGGAUGGGCGUUAUGUGGGCAGUCGACCCAUAAAGUUGCGCAAGAGCACCUGGAGGCAGCGCAGCUUGGACGUCGUAAAGAAAAAGGAGCGAGAGAAGCAAGUGCUCCUGCAGGCCUUUAACUCCAUGGGUUAAAGGGAAGCUUUUGAAUCACUUGGUAAAAAAUUUAGGCUAGAUUUCGGUCACAGUUUUUGAGGAUGUAGCAAAUUUGUAUUUACAAUGUUCGGAUGUUGCUGCUGCAGAAUAAGCAUAAAUAAAGAUAAACUCGUUAAAAUUUACAUUUUAG